AUGUCGUCCACUAGUGGAACUGAACUGCGUUGGGGAGUCGUUGGCUGUGGUAUGAUCUCAUCUUGGUUCGUGUCUGAUUUGAUGCUGCCCCGCUCAGAUUCAUCUCCCAGACACAAACUUCAAGCCGUCGGGUCCUCCUCUGUGGAAAAGGCACGAGAGUUUGUUCAAACCCACGCUCCAGCCGUGUCUCCAUCUCUGUACCCGUCAUACGACAAGGUCUUCAAUGACGCCAAUGUGGAUAUAGUGUACAUCGGAACACCGCAUUCAUGUCACUUUGAAAAUGCAUUCGCCGCUAUACAGGCUGGAAAGAAUGUGCUGUGCGAGAAACCUCUGACUAUUAAUGCAAGGCAAGCGGAGUCUCUAAUCACUGCCGCGAGAGAAAAGAAUGUGUACUUGAUGGAAACGGUAUGGACCCGUUUCUUCCCUAUUGCAUCAGCCUUGCGGAGCAUUAUUCAUGACCAGAAGAGACUGGGCAAGCUUUCUCGGUUUUUCAUGGAUUUCGGCAUGCACAUGCAAACCAGUUCUCUGCCCCAGGACUCGCGACUGAAAGACCCGUCUAAAGGUGCUGGAGCUCUUCUAGACAUCGGCAUAUACACUUUAACGUGGGCAUCCAUCGUCUUUGAUCAGCAUCCUGACAACGACUCGUCCCAGCCAGCAACUGUAUCCAGCAGCAUGACGCUGAAGGACGGCAUCGACGAGACGACAUCCAUCAUCCUAAACUAUCCCUCAUUGCAAGCUCAGGCGAUUUGCACCACCACUCUGUUGCGAAGUUCAGAUCAGAUCUUUGGACGCAUUGAGGGCUCAAACGGAACUAUCCUGAUGGGUGGCAACGGUGCCUCCAAGCCGCUGUUUCUUGUGGUUCGAGAACGAGGCAAAGAGGAAGAGAGGCUGGACUUUCCCAUCCCACCAAAGAGCGGGUUUUACCAUGAACAGGAUGCCAUCGCCGCAGACCUCGCGGCGGGAAGGAAAGAAAGCAACGUGAUUCCUCUAGACGAGUCGCUAAGGAUCAUGAGAUUAAUGGACUCCGUUAGAUACACAAACGGUUUGAGGUAUCCACAAGACGAGAAGUGA